AUGGGUAUUAGAAGACAUAAGAAGAGAACACAUGCAGUUCUUACUCAGGAGGAGUAUGAUAAUGUUCCACGGUCAAUGGUUAUUCAUACGGGAAUAGCGCUUAAGAACCAUUCGAUAGGCCAAUUGGUCAAAGAUGUCAGAAAUAUGAUGCAACCGCACACAGCUAUUAGGUUAAAGGAAAGAAGAUCCAAUAAAGUGAAAGAUUUUGUUGCAGUCUCUGCAUCCUUGGGUGUUUCAUUUAUGAUGUUGUUCAGUCAAAACGAAAAUACUGGAAACAUACAUUUCAGAGUUGCUAAAAUGUCGCAUGGUCCUACGAUAUCAUUUAAAGUUAUGGAGUACUCGUUGUGCAAAGAUAUUGCAAGAUCGAUGAAAAGUCCAAAAUCGCUUUCGAAAUCAAGCAUGGAAUUUCAGAAUCCACCCCUUCUUGUACUAAAUGGAUUUACGAAUCCGAAAGAAGCCGAACCAUACGAGAAAUUAGUUAUAACAAUGUUCCAAAAUAUGUUUCCCCCUAUUAAUCCCCAAUCUAUUAAAGUUAACACCAUUCGAAGGGUGAUGCUUGUCAAUAAGGAUAAGAAGACUGGUUUAAUUGAUAUACGACACUAUGUCAUCGAUACAAAGCUUGUCGACGUUUCUAAGAAUGUGAGGAAGUUGGUUACAAUAAGGAAGAAGCAUGGAAAAAAGCUUCCAAAUCUGUCAAAGGCAGAUGAUGUGGCUGAUAUAAUUCUUGAUCCAUAUGCAGCAGCUGGUUUUACCUCUGAAUCAGAAGUGGAGACAGAUGCCGUUGUUGAGGUCAGAGAAGAAGAGGAGGAAAAUGUCACUAAGAUGAAAAAUAAGUCUUCCAAGACAGCUAGUACUACUCAUGUAUCUUCUGGAGCUUUUGAGGAUGAAGCUAAGACUGAGAAUGGAAAUGAACAGCCGGAAUUGAAAAGAAAAAAGGCAGUGAAGUUGACAGAAAUAGGUCCAAGAAUGAAGUUACGUCUCGAGAAAAUUGAGGAGGAUGUUUGUGAUGGUAAAGUUUUGUAUCACUGGAAAAUACACAAGACGGAAAAGGAGCUAAGUAAAAUGGAUAAGGUUCAUUCUGUGAGAAAGAAGCAGAAGCUUGAAAGAAAACAGGAGCAAAGAGAGAAUAUUGAGAAAAAGAAGAAGAAGCAUAAGCGUAAAGUGAGAUUUGCACAGGAUGAAAAUAAGGAGGAUACUGAAGAGACUACUGAGAACGUGAAAGAUGAUACUCAGGCAAAAAGUAAUAAAAGCAAUAAGGAAACCGAGGAGUUCAUUCCUCUUGGAAGUCGUGAUGAUAAUGAUGAUGAUGAUUCUGAUCAGUUGUUCGAUGAAGAAUGA